GUGUGGUAUGUAAUGUAUGUAUGUAUGUAUGUACAGGGAAGAGCAGCAGCCGUGUAGUGUGUCACAGUUCAUCGUGUACGAGUUAACCAGAGUACGAACUCGUCUUCGAGGUACGUGAAGUCGUUUUUACGUUUUUCCGCACUCAGCUCGCAAGUUCCGAUACAUAUAUAUAUACAUAAUCCACUCUCGUCGACGAAACAUCGUCCCUCAAAAUGGCAGCUACGAGGAGGUUGCAGAAGGAAUUGGGAGAUCUCAGGGCCUCGGCCAUGAAGAAUUUCACAAACAUACAGGUGGACGAAACGAAUAUUCUCACUUGGCAGGGUCUCAUAUUGCCGGACAAUCCACCUUACAACAAAGGUGCUUUCCGAAUUGAAAUCAAUUUCCCUGCUGAGUACCCUUUCAAGCCACCAAGGAUAAAUUUCAAGACAAAGAUCUAUCAUCCCAAUAUUGAUGAAAAGGGCCAGGUCUGUUUGCCAAUUAUCAGUGCAGAAAACUGGAAACCAGCGACAAAAACAGACCAAGUCAUACAAUCUUUGAUCGCUUUGGUAAAUGAUCCUGAACCAGAACAUCCAUUGAGGGCUGACUUGGCAGAGGAAUUUCAGAGAGAUAAAAGGAAGUUUCUGAAAAAUGCAGAAGAAUAUACAAAGAAGUAUGCUGAAAAAAGGCGAGACAUGUCCUCGAUGGAUUAACCGUACUUAGCCAUGUUAAUACCAAGAUGCCUGCCACCUAUCUCCAAAACCCUAAGCGAUAAAGUUCUUCAGAAGUGGAGCCAGGCUGAGAGAACUCUGUACAGUAUAAUUUGACUUUUUGCUGAAGAUGAGGAAUAUACGCAAAUUGUACUAUUUAUACGAAGAAGGCAAACUUUUAGGAAUUAACGUAUGUUGUAAUAACACUGUGUAUUAUAAGCUGGGAUAUGAUGCUAGUUAUUGUAGCAAAAAAUGCACUUUUUUCAUGCAGAAGUGCAUUUUUAAUACUUUAUUGAGUUAUUUAUGUGUUUUAUGUUUAUUAUUUAAACUCUCCAAUGUCUCAAGCAAGUAGCCCUCAAUGAUUUUUUGAAUGAUAUACGACUGGUGGCUUAAAUCUUGAGUUGGAAGAUGAAAAAUUUUGCAUUUUUUUGCAUUAAAGCUUGAUAACCCAGCUUAAGCUUUUCUUUUGUGUGAAUUGAUUGCUGAGACUUUUCUAAUGUUGAGAAGCAUAAAGUAAAUUUGAUCUAAGUAUGAAAAUAUAUAACAAUAUUGUACUUUUAAAAAGUCGUUACAAUAAAGUUU